UCUUUUGCUUGCUCCCUCCCACUCUUCUCGAAGGAUUUCAUGGCGUUAAUUUUAGUUUCGACGGAGACGAUGCCGCGACUGGCAGCGCGAGAGAGCACUUCACUGAGAUAACAUUCGAUUGUGUACAAACCCAUCGAUAUUGGAGUCCUGAAAGUACUUUAUAUAGUGCAUGGUGUUCGGUAAUAUUAUUAUACCGAGUGAUUGUUGUGACAGUGAUUUUGUGGAAGAAAGUAAAUAACAAAAAUGUGAUAUUUGUUGGCAUAUUGAUAUUAGUUUAUCUAUCAUCUAUCUGGAUCAGAUCUACGAUCAUAAUAACAGAAAAUAAACGGAACAAUUUAAAGGAAUAAAACGUGCGAACAAAUCCAUCAUGGAAAACACGUGGAAUGAUAGUAUCGUUGGAGAACGAAAGGAUCUCGCUCCUAUAAUGGAAGAAGAGGAUAAAGGACAAGCGAAAGGUUCAGACUCGUCGGAUGCGGCAUCGACUAUAAAGCGCUGGAACAGUCGAUGGACGCCCUCAGAGGGUUACGAUUCAUCGGGCACGUCGACGAACUCCGACAUGGGCGACGAUUACGUUGAGGAUUAUCCGCGAGAGAUCAGAGCGGACUUAUCUGAAGGCCAGGCACCCUACCGAUCGCAGGAAUGUUUGUGUCAGGCUUGCUUACUCGGCUAUGCCAAGAUGAUAGCGCUUCAAGGGAGUAUGCCUAAUAUCUGUACCAGCGGCAUGGCUAAUAUAUGCCCAGCGUCAACUGCGCAUCUGGGAAGUUUUCCCUCUGUUUACACGAUGCCAUGCUCAAGCAUCUCUAGCGAGCUCGCGCAUCACGUUAAGGAACACGCGAGAGGCGUCGCCCAUUAUCCGCACGUUUGUCCCGUGCAACAAGAACCAAUAUUCGGUAAAGAACGAGAAAUGCACGCGGGUAGCAGAACGAAUAGUACGACAUCCUUGCCGGUAAGCUCAACAGGGAGAUGCGCCGGUUCUUUGGACAGAAGGCGACGCAGAUUCCGCAGCAGAAUAGACCGCGAUCAGAGAGCUAUGUCUCACAGCGAUCUAAUCUGCCAUGAGAGGGACAGGCCGCAUCAUUAUUGCUCGCUACAGCAAUUUCACUACGGAAGCAAUAUGUGCAUAAAUGAUUAUUAUAGCAAAACCGAGGAACGAUUAAGGAAAUUGGAAAGCGAACGUGGAGCACUUCAUAUGGAAGUGUCAGUUUUAUCCGAACAAGUAGAUGCGCAGUCGAAUAAGAUUCAAGAGCUGGAGAGCUUGCUCCAGGAAAAGAAAGAUACUUUAAGACAAAUGGAAGAAGCAUUACAAAAAGAAGUUCUAUCGAGAAGCGCUUUGGAGACACAAAAAUUGGAACUUCUUACCUCCUUAUCGGAAAUGAAACUCAGACAAGCUAGUUUGGAACACGAAAAUCUGUCGCUGCGUAGCACGAGUCCUUUAUCGAAUGGUGAGAGAUUCAGCAGACAUACGGGUCAAUAUAGUAGUCUUCCUAGGCCACCGACAUCGAAGAAAGGCGUUGUAUUUGGUAAGGUUCCAAAUUUAGUCUCAGGAGCACAUACGACGGUACCCUUGGCUGUUAAGGGAGUCUCUGCGAGAUGUCUGUCCGCUCCUAUUCUAGCGGAAGAAUCGAAAAUUGUGAUCAGUGAAGCAAGCGCGCAGGUGGAAUUGACGCCAUCGAAACCACUCGCGGAACUCGGUAUGGAAGAAAUCAGUGAUUGGUUAUCUUGCCUUGGUCUGGAAUGUUACGCCGCCGAACUAAGACGAUGGGGUGCCACUGGAUUGAAAUUGCUCGAUGCCACGCAGGUGCAAUUGGAGAAAGAGUUAGAUAUAAAGAACGCGCUACAUAGAAAAAAGUUACUUUAUGCCAUCGAAUCAGAACGAAGCAACGGCACUGAAUUUCUCGGUUCUCACAAGAUGGACAAUGCAGCCGUAUUACGAUGGCUAGACGAUAUCGGUUUACCGCAACACAAGGAAGCCUUCCAUAACGCGAAAAUUGAUGGCAGAGUUUUACAUAGAUUGACUACAGAGGAUCUUUUGAACCUGGGAGUGACUGCACAAUUACACGCUGUCAGUUUAAGACGUGGAAUUCAGGUUUUACGAGAUUUGAACUUCGAGUUUGACAAUCUGGAGAGGAGAUCUGUGAAUGGAAAUGGUGCUGAUGGUACGAACGUGACUCUCUGGACGAAUCAUCGUGUGAUGGAGUGGUUGCGAGUAGUGGAUCUUGCGGAAUAUGCGCCGAACAUGCGUGGCUCCGGUGUUCACGGUGGUCUCAUGAUCCACGAAGGUCGAUUCACUUCCGAACUGCUCGCCACAUUGCUCAGCAUUCCACCGGCAAAGACUCUACUUCGUAGACACCUGACGACGCACUUUAAUCAAAUUCUUGGUAGAGAGGUAGUUCAACAAAAACGAGAGAUAGAGAGUACACUUGGAUUCGUUCCAUUAACGCUUACUGCUAGAUUAAAGGUGCCAAAGAAAUCUCAAUUCACACUGAAACGCAAAAAGAGUAAAAACGAGAUGGAUUUCGGCAAUUUGGUUUGCCCGUUGGAGGCAUCGCCACCAGGUACCCCAUCAACGCCCACGUCAACACCGGGCAGCCCUAAUUUGAACUCACCCACAUUCUAACCAUAAUUAAAGCUUCAUUCAAGUAAUCAUCUAAACUAACUUGUAAGUCUAACUCGACUAAUGAUAU